GAUAGAAUAGUGCGCACUCCCCCCCCCUUGCAUUCAUCUUUGGUUUAGUCGAGCUCCUCCUCCUGACGUGUCCUGUUUAUUCGCGCCGGAAGUUGUAGUCGGCUCUGUGCCGGUGUGGUGACGCUGUGAGGGCGGGGUUUCAGCAGCAUGGCGGCGGACAUUCCACAUUCAUUUUUCGCCUGGUCUCUCCUGCUCCUGGCAAGCGUACAAGCUUUGACCCCCAGCCACUAUUUGAGCCAGGCCGACGUAGAGCGACUUAAGAAUGCUUUGGAACAACCCGUGUCUAAUUUAGAAAAUGCAUACUACUACGUAGUAGGACUCAAAGCACUUGGGCACAGUGUGUCAGAUGAACAGGAAGCAUGUGAUAUCAUCCGCUCCAAUGUUGACUCUGGUAGUGUGGAUUCUCUGUUCUAUGCAGCUCAGGCCAGCCAGGCUCUAUCUAGCUGUGAGGUGACUAUUACCAAUGAGACCAGGGACCUCCUGCUUGGAGCAAUCAGCGAAGACUCCUCCGUUACCCAGAUAUAUCAGGCUGUAGGUGCUCUCAGUGGUUUUGGUCUCCCAUUUGCAUCUCAAGAAGUGGUUAGUGCUCUUACCACCAGACUCAGCAAGGAGGAAAAUGUUUUGGCCACCAUUGAAGCCUUGCUCACGGCCUCAUUCCUGUCCCAGCAAGCUAACUUACGUGGGAUUGUGGAGGAGAUAGAGGAUCUUGUUGCUCGUCUCGAUGACCUAGGGGGUCAGUACUUGCAGUUUGAAGAAGGUCUGGAAGCCACUGCUCUGUUUGUGGCAGCAACUUACAGACUGUCAGACCAUGUAGGUACGGAGCCCGCAUUGAAGGAGGAACAGAUUGUCCAGCUGAUGAAUGCCAUUUUCAGCAGGAAGAAAUUUGAUUCCAUCUCAGAAGCAUUCAGUGUGGCAUUGGCAGCCUCUGCUUUAUCUGAUAAUCAUUAUCACAUUCCUCUCGUCGUGGUACCCGAUGGCCCUGCUGCUGUGUCCCAUAAACAGCCACUGCUCAAGUUGCUGGUCACAAACGUGUUGUCUCAGCCACUGACAGAAGCCAAAGUCAAAGUGAAUCAAGCCAAGUCCAGCAGCACAAAAGCAACUGUUCUGCAACAGGUUGCAUUCACUACAUCCGGGGAUUCCUUUGAACUGAACUUCAUGGAUUCCAAGCCAGCUAGCGGCUACUAUGAUUUCACUAUCAAUGUGGAAGGAGAUCUCCGUUACUUGGGUAGUCAGGUGGAGCUUAAGGUGAAAGUGUCCACUGAGGUGGGGAUUGGAAAUGUCGAUCUCUCUAUUGUUGACAAAGACCAAAGUAUCUCUCCUAAGAUGACUAGAGUAAAUUUCCCUUCAAAAGCCAAAGGACCAUUUACUACAGACAGUCAUCAGAACUUUGCACUGUCCUUCCAGCUGACAGAUGUAAACACAGGAGCCAGCCUCACACCUCACCAGACCUUUGUUCGGCUACAUAACCAAAAGACAGGUCAAGAAGUUGUUUUUGUGGCAGAGCCAGACAAUAAGAACACCUAUAGGUUUGAGCUGGAUCCAUCAGAAAGGAAGUCUGAAUUUGACUCUGCUUCAGGAACAUACACGCUCUACCUGAUUGUGGGAGAUGCAACUAUAGAGAACCCCAUGCUAUGGAAUGUAGCUGAUGUACUAAUUAAGUUUCCAGAUGAGGAUUCUCCAGUUCCCAUUCAAUCCAAGAACUUGUUCAUCCCUAAACCAGACAUUCAGCACCUGUUUCGGGAACCUGAGAAAAGGCCACCAACUGUGGUAUCAAACACCUUUACUGCUUUGAUCCUUGCACCUCUACUGCUGCUUUUUAUCCUGUGGAUAAAGAUUGGUGCCAAUGUUUCUAAUAUCAGCUUCUCGCCCAGCACGAUCAUCUUCCACCUGGGGCAUGCAACAAUGUUGGGUUUGAUGUACGUGUAUUGGACACAGCUGAACAUGUUCCAGACUUUGAAGUACUUGGCUUUGCUUGGGACCAUCACAUUCCUGGCAGGAAACCGCAUGCUUGCUCACAAAGCAGUAAAAAGGACUGCAGCUGAGCAAAGCAGUAGGCUGGCAAAGUAUAGGACGCUUCGGUAGACUCUGGGCUUCUGGUGAAGACAGAGAAGUAAGUUGAGACAAGAUAAGAAAACAUCCCGAAAAUGACAGCACUCAUGCAUUUGUACAGUUCCAAACAUCAGUCUGCGUGGGGUUUUUUCUAUUUUUUACAACAGUUGUAUUUUGUUUCUUCCCCAUAUUUUUCUGUUGUGCACUGAUUUGUCCCAUAACCAAAGUUUGGUGGUUCCCUUUACUGUUUCCAUUUAAGUUUUUAAAGACUUGAAGUCAUCCAAAUCACAAUUUAUCCAUCAUACUGUGCUUGGGGAACCCAUGAACCUCAUUGUAUGCAAGAGGGGCAGUCACAAGUACAGACUCAUUCAUUUUCAGACUAAAAUGGAGUUAGUCGCCAUGUUUGUAUGUGACCAUGAAAAGAUAGGUUUGAGGGACUGAAAAAAAAAAUCUGUUUUGUUCCUGUGAAAAUAAAAUUGAAGGUGAGAGGGA